AUGGCCAGUGCAUCUACAACGCGUCCAUCUCCCUCCUCCAAUGAGCUUGAAGUACCGGGAAUUCUCACCCAAACCAUCCUUGCCUGUCCAGUGAUCAAAUGGAUUUUACCAGCGCGUCUGAGAAACAAGAAUCACAAUGAUGUUGUGUUUGUUGGAGAGAAGCGAGUCCAGAUCAAAGAAGCAAUAUCUGCAGGCUAUCUCGAGGAUGUGGCUGAGAAGACGGAUUUUCAAGGCUCGAUCGGUGCAGCAAAGGUUCUUAAUGUGAGCACGGAGCUCCCCCUGGAAUCACAAAUACAAUCUGAGGCUGCAUAUGAUGGUCCAUCACAGAUCCUUGUACUUGCCGUGGACAUGAAAGAGUUGCAUUUCGUCUAUUGUUCCCCGUCGAAGCCAAAUGAAUUCGUCACUUUUUGUCGCCCAUUCCCGGUCAAUGUGAGCUUGGAAAUGCGAUUUGGUAAACAAAUUGCUGUUGAUCCAAAGUCUCGCGCCGUCGCAGUAUGUGCACCGAAAGAUUUCUUCGGAAUCAUGCGACUUAAACCUCCCCAUGAAGCCCAAUCGCAAAUGGCUAACGGGACACUGGAUCCCAUCGAAGAGGAAAAAUUCUAUCGAAUUGAUGGAACCAUCAUGUUCAUGGAAUUUCUCUACCCCAAGACUGCCGACGAUAAGAACAUAAUGCUACUUCUGAUCGUACAACUGGACGGUGUCACUGAUGCUGUGACGUAUGUAUGGAAAGACAACGAACGUCUCAGUGCUAGUGAGCCAGAGAUAUACGACUUCAAACUUCGCAAGCAGCACAGGUUACCGACCAUGAUUGUUCCGCUGACCAAGGAAUCAUCUUUUUUGGUCCUUACCACCACCUCCAUGGCAGUAUAUUCUUUUGAUGGCGAAACCCGUCCUACAAGGUACCCCUUUCUCGCUCCCAAUCCAGACAUCAGCGCCGCAUCGAUGUGGACUCGCUGGGCAAGACCAGCCCGCAACUGGCUGUACAGUCAGAGCCACGAUGGAAUUUAUCUUUGCCGCGAGGAUGGCUGGAUUUAUCUUCUAGAGUUCGGCAAUGAGGGAGAUUUAGAAACUCAAACCUCCUUGGGUCAGAUCCACUGUGAUGUCGAUAUGGCGUUUGAUGUCCUUGACAUGGGCUCCCAAGGCGGUGACUUCAUCCUGGCAUCUGGCAGCACUGGCGAUGGCGGACUAUUUGUACAAGAAGCUCGAGCCGGCCCGAGGUGUGUGCAAAGAUUCUUCAACUGGGCCCCAGUCCGGGAUGCCACCAUGGUCUGCCCAGUGACCCAAAGUACUCCCUAUGGCGGUAUUGCUAGCAAUCGUCUCUUUGCUUGCUCUGAUUCUACGGCGAGUCGUGGUGCGCUUCAUGAGUUUCGAUGGGGCUUUGAGGCCCAACAGGGCUUCAAUGUGCCGCUUGAUGAUUUUUCGAGUAUCCGAGACAUGUGGACUUUACCUGAAAAUGUGAACGGUGGUGUUUACAUACUGCUUUCUGAUCCUCUUUCAACCUUGCUUCUUUACCUGAACCAGGGUAUGGAGGAAUCAAUCAUCGCCCUUGAAGAAGAACAGACAGGACUGGAUAGUAGACAAACGUUGGCUGCAGGUUGCACCCCUGAUGGUAUUCUCAUUCAAGUCACCGAAGAAGCAACUCAUCUCUUCGCUCUCCACAACGUUGCUUUGAAUACGCGCGUGUCGCACAAAGACCAGGUGACUAUCCUUACAGUGGCCGUCGAUGGUCCAAAAUCAGCAGUGAUUACUGCUGUGCGGUAUGAAGACCAAGCAUGCCUUUACAUGACUAAAAUAGUUGUCACCGGUGGUGAUGAAGUCCGCUUAGACGUUGGUGAGCCUGUCACUAUUGCCAAAGAGCCCAUUUGCCUUUCUCUGCAAACGUUUGGCGACAUGACGUUUCUCUUCGUGGGCAACCCUGAUGGCACGAUUGACGUUUUCGUGAUUGAGGAAAAGAACAUCGUCUUCUUGUUUGAGACUUCUGUUGCCCUUGAAGAUAAUGCCGACUUGUCCACGGUCGUUGAAAGCUUCGUGACCAUCCGGACUACUUCGGCAAAUGGCUUCUUACGCGCGUUUCUACUCUGCGGAUUGCGAAGCGGGAUGCUUGUCUCAUUUGAAGUGGAUUUCAAUGCCAACAACUUGAUUGGACUACAACAGAAGGAGGCAAAACGCAUCGGAACAACGUCUAUUCGACUCAAGACGAAUGGCGCGUUCGCCUUGCUUACAUGUGGGGAUGAGUUAUGGCAUGUGUCGUACAGUUCAGACUGUAUUCCCUCCGAGUAUUCCAUUCGACGAGUCUGGAUCACAAACCAGAGCAAUCCUGCAUACUUCCCUAUUUCUAUACAUGGCUUUGACCUUGUCGAUCCACACAACCCAGAGUCAGGAGCUCCCCUGGGAAAUUUACUAUGCUUCGCAGACCGACAGCUUCUGGUAUGCUCUCUGAGCCAAGAAGCUAAGAUGGUUCCACGUCGCAUUGGUUUGCCUGGAAAACCCCAGAAGAUGGCAUAUUCGACCAUUCUUCAGGCUCUAAUUGUGUCAUACAAUAUUUCAAGUGUGGAGGACCCUGAAGAUCCCCUCACCAAGACUGUUAAAUCUUUCAUCGAAUUUGUGGAUCCAGAUUCACAGAGCUCAGUGGUCCACAAUAAUUCCGACCACCAUGUUUGGAGACCUGAGUCGGCCCGUGGGGAGACAGUCUCUUGCAUCUUAGACUGGACGUUUGAAAGAGAUGGGAAAACCUACUACAUGGUCGCCAUUGGCACGUCCAUGCCGGCAUUAUACCAUAACGACCCCCAGCAGGGUAGGCUCAUUCUACUUGCUCCCCGACGAGACUCAUCCGAACCAUACAACAUCAAGUGCAUGACUCAGUUUACCCGAAUCAUGCAAGGGCCAAUCCAUGCACUGGCGGCCUACGAAGAUAGCCUCAUAAUUGGGGCAGGGAACUUCCUGAUCCCGAUGGCAUCCAAGGCAGCAUCUACAACGUGGCAUAAAACGGCCCCAAUAGAACUCCCCUCCGCCGUGGUUUCCAUUUCCAUUCAUGGAAAUUUCAUAUUUACGUUGAGUGCGCGACAUUCAUGGCUAGUGUUUGAGAUUGUUAAUCAACCGGGUCUCAAUGAGAGUUCUGUACUGGUGGCCCGCAGAUGGGAUCGCAUUGAACGCGAUGGAUUGACUCAUUUGAUUUCUCAUGAUGACAACCCUGUUAUCUACAUGAGCCACCGCGGUGGUCGAGUCUGUGCUACCACGCUUGACGAGGAUCAAUGGAGCCGCGACACGGUCAACAAAAUGAAUUCCUCCAGCACUAUGGCGGAAGCCAAGCUCCAUGAGUCGAUAUUGCGUUUUGUCCCCGGUAACAAGACAGAUAGCAGUCUGUAUGGAUUCACCGUCCUUGGCUCCAUCUACCGAUUUGUUUUGCCCAACGCAGAUGAGCUGAAAAUGUUGAGAUUCUUGCAAAACAUCUGUUACAAGGUCGACAGUAUUUGUCCGUCUGCUCCUAAACAGCUGCGACGAAGAAAUCCCCACGAUCUGACUGCUUCUCAUAUUGAUGGUGACAUCCUGAAUCGUCUGUCACACCGUGGACCGGAUUUCCUUGAAAAUAUCAUUACAUCGCUGGACUCCAAUUCUGCCAGGGAACUUUUCAACCGACUUGCUCUUCCGGUUGUAGGGCAUCCGUCUUCCGAAGCAAUCAUUUCCUGGCUGCGAAAAACGCUCGAUAUCACAAUUUGA